AUCCCUUUGUGAUCCAGAUGUCAUCUGGCUGUACAAUGCAUCCUGGGAAGGCCCCAGAAACCUUCUUAAAUGGGGCAUAUCAAGGAUCAGAUUUCCUGAGUUUCCAAGGAUAUUCCUGGAAGCCAUCUCCAGGCGCAGGAAGUCGGGCUCAGAAUGUCUGCAAACUGCUCAAUCGCUACCGAGUGAUCAAAGAAAUUGUGAAGAACCUUCUGGGUAACACCUGCCCUCGCUUACUGGCUGUCAUCGCUGCAGCAGGGAAGUCAGAACUGGAACGGCAAGUGAAGCCAGAGGCUUGGGUGUCCAAAGGCACUAGUCCUGGUCCUGGGCGUCUGCUGCUGGUGUGCCAUGUGUCUGGCUUUCAUCCCAAACCUGUGUGGGUGCGGUGGAUGCGCGGUGAGCAGGUGCAGGCGGGCACUCAGCAAGGCGAAGUGCUGCCCAACGCUGACAGAACAUGGUAUCUGCGAGUGACCCUGGACGUGGCAGCUCGAGAGGCGACUGGCCUGACUUGUCGAGUGAAACACAGCAGCCUCGGAGGCCAUGAUCUAGUCAUCCACUGGGACGGAUACCCCGUCCUCCUGCUACUGAUCUGCUCGGCUAUAAUGGUUACCCUGGUUAUGUUGGUUGUGGUUGGCCCGUGGUUUCAAAAGCAGAGCUCAAACUGGAACGUCUGCUCUCCCCAGGCACCCAGCCUUGCCUUUCCCACAGGACCCAACAUCCAAGAACCCAGGAGUUUAGGAAAUCAGCUGUGCUUGGCACAGAAAUCAUGGAUGAAAAACAGAUUCUUGAAGAAAGUAAAAAUAAGCCUAAGCAAACUCUGAUGGCAUAUGU